AUGAAUUUUCAGAUAAAUUUUAUAUUAAGUGUCUUAGUAAUUGGACGUUCCAUGGAAAAUGAUUGUCCCAGCAAUUCUACCUUUUUCUUCAACGACCGAUGCUUUUGGAGACUAAACGGACGAUGGACAUUUCAAGAGGCACACGAAAAAUGCCAAAAAGAUGGUGGAAUUCUCGCAGAGAUUCCAGAUAAUGAGACAGAAAUAAUGCUCACAAGUUACUGGAUUGGGGUCAAUGAUGUUGAACUGGAGGGAGAGUAUGUUGACAUGUGGAACAGGACUCAAAACUAUACGAACUGGAAGGGUGCUCAACCAAAUAAUAAAGACAAAAGAAAUUUUAAUAAAGGGAACAAAACAGACGUCCAGCGCUGUUACGUGAUUGACAGAGAUAGAAAUAUAGCUGAUGUCGACUGCUUUAUGAAAUUUUCUGCGUUUUGUUCUGAUCCACAAAUGCCAUUUUUGGAGGAGAAGUACAUGUUCAGGGAAGCAAAUAACAGAUGCGGUAUGGGGGAACACAAUCUAAUGGAAGUUAAGAAC